GAGUCGGACUUUCUCUCUCUUCCUCGCUUUCAUUCAAUUGGGUAUGCGGAGACAGAGAGCGAGCGAGGAAAUCUCAAAAAUCCAAUCUUUUCCUCUUUUUUCCUUCUCUCUCGUUUUUGAACUUCCUUAUGUUGUUUGGGGGGUUUUCUGGGGAAGUUUGGUGAUUGUUUGUUCAUUUCGGGCUUGGGACAGGUUGAUUCUCGGAUUUAUAAGGAUUGGGAGAGUUUUCGAUUUUCAGGUGAGAUCUGGGGAUCGUUGGUUCCAUGCAAUCUUAUGAAGCUCCGCCGGAUUUUUCGCAUCUGGGUGAACUGCAAACCCUAGAGUUUGACCAGCAUUAGAUCUCCGGCGAUCUGGGUUUUGUAAAAAGCUUCGGUUUUUGGUUAGUGCGUGUUCGUCGUGUUAGGGGUUUUGAGGGCUUUGAAUCCAUCGAAGAUGAAUAUCGGCUGCGUAGUGUGGAACGAGGACGAUAAGGACAUUGUUGGUUCUUUGCUGGGGAAACGUGGUUUGGAUUACUUGCUUUCGAAUUCCGUAUCGAAUGAGAAUCAUUUGAUGACGAUGGCAAGCGAUGAGAAUCUGCAGGACAAACUCUCCGAUCUCGUCGAGAGACCCAACGCUUCAAACUUCUCCUGGAACUACGCCAUCUUCUGGCAGAUUUCGAGGUCAAAGACUGGAGAUUCAGUUCUCUGUUGGGGCGACGGCUCGUGUAGGGAGCCAAAGGAAGGAGAAGAGUCUGAGAUAAUCAGAAUUCUCAGCAUCGGGCGAGAAGAGGAGACUCAGCAGAGGAUUCGUAAGAGGGUGUUGCAGAAGCUGCACACCUUUUUUGGAGGAUCGGAGGAGGAAAAUUACGCAUUUGGGUUAGAUAGGGUUACAGAUACAGAGAUGUUCUUCCUGGCAUCCAUGUAUUUCUCCUUCCCUCGUGGGGAAGGUGGUCCGGGGAAGUGUUUCGUCUCAGGAAAGCCCGUCUGGUUAUCUGACGUGUUGAAAUCUUGUUCCGACUACUGCGUAAGGUCCUUCCUCGCGAAAUCUGCAGGAAUCCGGACAGUUGUUUUGGUUCCGACUGAUGUUGGUGUUGUUGAGCUUGGUUCCAUGAGAUCUUUGCCCGAAAGCCAUGAAUCGACGCAGUCUAUAAGGUCGUUGUUUUCGAGUAAAUUGACACACCAGAUGGUGCCAGCCAUCUUUCCCCAGAAGAAAGAUGAGAACAGAAUUUUGGGAAUUGGACUAUCGAAUCUCGGUGUUCUGGAGAGAGUAGGAGGGGCUCCGAAGAAUUCGGGGAAGGAUUUGCAUAAUUUGGGUCACAUUCAACAUGGUCAUAAUCAUAACCAACAAAGGCAAUUCAGGGAGAAACUCGCCAUUAGAAAGACGGAUGACAGAGUUCCCAGGACACCGGAAGCUUAUCCCAAUGGAGGCAAGCUUAUGUUCUCAAAUCCGCCGACCAACACUGUCCUGAGCCCUUCAUGGGCACAAACUGAUAUAUACGGGUCUCUGGCCGUAUCAUCGACCCCAACCACAGCAGCACAAGCGACCAAUGGCAAGGAUGUCCCGAGUGGAGAUGAUUUCCGGUUUCUGCCACUGCAGCCACAGAGACCAGCCCAAAUACAGAUUGAUUUCUCUGGUGCAAGUUCAAGGGCUUCAGAUAAUUCAGACGGAGAAGGCACAGAAUGGCCGGACAUUGGUGAUGAUGGGAGCAGACCAAGAAAACGUGGAAGGAAGCCAGCAAACGGUAGAGCAGAGGCCCUUAACCAUGUAGAAGCUGAGAGACAACGGCGUGAAAAGCUGAACCAACGGUUCUAUGCGUUACGAACCGUUGUGCCCAAUAUAUCCAAAAUGGACAAAGCCUCUCUGUUGGGCGAUGCAGUGGCUUAUAUCAACGAGCUUCAUGCCAAGCUCAAGGUCAUGGAAGCCGAACGUGAGACGUCAGGGUACAGUUCAAAACCACCAAUCAGCCGAGAAGCCAAGAUCAAUGUUCAAGCCUCAGGGGAAGAUGUCACAGUGAGAGUGAACUGCCCUUUGGAUUCUCACCCGGCUUCAGGAAUCCUGCACGCAUUUGAAGAGAGCCAAGCAACGGUUAUUGACUCGAAGCUGGAAGUAGGUCAGGACACGGUACUGCACACGUUUGUGAUAAAGCCGGGAGAGUUGACAAAAGAGAAGUUGGUCUCAGCUUUUUCCCGAGAGCCGUCCAGUUCUUUACAGUCGAGAUCAUCGUCGGGUAGAUAGCAGGUGGAGAAGUAGCUGUGGAAGGAAGGAAGGAAGGAAGGAAGAACCGAUUUUCAAUGGUUCUUCAUCAAGUUCUUUUUUUUGGGUUAUACAUCUGUAAGGAUCCUCAAUAGAGAUAGUAGUAAUUGAUAAAGUCGCCAUAUUCUUCAUACAUCGAAUUACAAUUUACGUUAGUUAGGAGCCCU